AUGGAGAAAAUUGCCAUGGAACAAGGGAACCUCACGUGGGUAUCAGAAUUUGUCUUCCUGGGACUCUCACAGACUCGAGAGCUCCAGCUUUUCCUGUUUCUGGUGUUCCUGUUUGUCUAUACCACCACUGUCGUGGGAAACCUCCUCAUCAUGGUCACGGUGACCUCAGACACACGGCUCCACACACCCAUGUACUUUCUGCUCCGAAAUCUGGCUGUCUUAGACCUCUGUUUCUCCUCUGUCACUGCCCCAAAGAUGCUGGUGGACUUCCUCUCUGAGAAGAAGACCAUCUCCUACCAGGGCUGCAUGGCCCAGAUCUUCUUCUUCCACUUUCUGGGAGGCACCAUGGUCUUCUUCCUCUCAGUCAUGGCCUAUGACCGCCUUGUUGCCAUCUCCCGACCCCUCCACUAUGUGACCAUCAUGAACACACAGCUCUGUGUGGGACUUGUGGUGGCUAGCUGGAUAGGAGGAUUCGUCCAUUCCAUUGCCCAACUGGCUCUGAUGCUCCCAUUGCCUUUCUGUGGCCCCAACAUCCUGGAUAACUUCUACUGUGAUGUCCCACAAGUGCUGAGACUUGCCUGCACUGACACCACCCUCCUGGAGUUCCUCAUGAUCUCCAACAGUGGGCUGCUGGAUGUCAUCUGGUUCUUUCUCCUCCUGACCUCCUACUCAGUCAUCCUGGUGAUGCUGAGGUCCCACUCUGGGCAGGCGAGGAGGAAGGCAGCUUCCACUUGCACCACCCACAUCGUCGUGGUGUCUAUGGUUUUCAUUCCAAGCAUUUACCUCUAUGCCCGGCCCUUCACCCCCUUCUCCAUGGACAAGGCUGUGUCCAUCAGCCACACGGUCAUGACCCCCAUGCUCAACCCCAUGAUCUACACCCUGAGGAACCAGGAGGUGCAGGCAGCAGUGAAGAGACUAGGGAGGCGCCGGCUGGUUUGUAAAAGGGAGUGACAAUGAGUGGGUCACUUCUCUCUGGCUUUGUGUUCCAUUUGUAAAAUGGAGGGAAAGCUACUGUGUCUGCUGGCUGUCUUCAUAGCUUGUGCAUAUGUUGUGGAGGUCAUCAUAGAAGUGAGUGAGUUUUGAAACUAAGCAACUGACUCAGAUUUUUGGGAAAAAGGGAAAAGUCCCCUUUGGUGGCUAAGGUUUGUGCCAGGUUUCUAA